AUGUCUGCCGAGCAAACUCCCGCCACUGAGCCCGUGGCUGCGGCCCAGGCUGCUGGCGAUAUGGGCACCGAGACUGCCACCGAGACUGCCACCGAAACCGCCACUGAGACUGCUGUCACUGAUGCUGCGACUCCCUCUGCCACCGAAACUCCUCUCACCAAGCUGACUGCCCGUUUGCCUGACAUCACCAAAAAGGCUGACCACAAUGAGAUGUGGGGCGUUGAUCUGUCCACAGACAGUGCCCACGCUCCUACGCAAGUCAUCCUCUUCAAGUUCCUUAAGGCCAACAACAAUGAUGUCGCUGCCGCCGAGAAGCAGCUUACUUUGGCCUUGGAGUGGCGCAAGAAGAUUCAGCCAGGGAAGCUUGUGACUGAACCCUUUGACAAGAACAAGUUUGGUGACUUGGGCUUUGUGACUGUUCACAAGGAUGCCACCGGUGACAAGGAGACGGUCAUUACGUGGAAUAUUUAUGGCGCUGUAAAAGACAAAAAGGCCACCUUUGGAAAUGUCGAAGACUUCAUUCGUUGGCGUUCUGCGCUCAUGGAGCUCGGCAUCCAGAAACUCCGUCUCAAUGAAAUCAAGGAACCCCUUGCUUUGGACGCACCGGACACUCACCAGAUGCUCCAGGUCCACGACUACCUGUCCGUCAGCUUCCUCCGCAUGGACCCAGCCGUCAAGGCUGCUAGCAAGCAAACCAUCGAGACCUUCUCCAUGGCGUAUCCGGAACUACUUGCCCACAAGUACUUUGUCAAUGUGCCAGCCUUCAUGGGCUGGGUGUAUGGCUUUAUGAAGAUGUUCCUGCCCGCUGCCACAUUGCGCAAGUUCCAUCCCAUGGCCUCGGGUACCACUCUCGCCACUGAGUUGCCAGGCAUUUCAGCCUCUCUUCCCAAGGAGUAUGGCGGCCGGGGCCCCAGUGUGAAAGAAGGCGAAACUGUCAAGCUGGUUGAUUUGACACCAAAGGCAGAGGAGAAGAAGGUCGACGCUGCUCCCGCUGCUGAGGCUCCCGCUGCCGAGCCUGAGGCUAAGCCUGACGUUACACCUGCCGCUGACGUUGACCCCAAGGCCACGGAUGAGGUGACAGAGAAGGAGACUGCCGCCUAG